AUGACCGCUGGUUUGCAACAGAUCGUGCAUCAUAUCACGACAACUGCUGUGAUGGUAAACGCUGACCACUCCUUUGUGACGCUCUUUAGACUUGCCUGCAAGAGACGUGAAGCGGAUUUACGGGAAACAUGCCCCAUCAUUGGUAUCCACCGUUACACUGUUAGUGAAGGGAAAAUCGCAGCAAAACUUCAACGGAUGAGACCAGAGAUCACACUCGAUACCGCAGCUACCAGGCUAACGCUGCUGACGUUUUCACAGGUGGUUCACGUACCGUUUUCAAAGACAGAAAUAGCUGUCGACAUGCCCCUUUCUGCGGAAGUUUCCUGUUUACACCAGAGUCAUGAAAAACAGCUGGUCGAACUUACGUAUCUGUCUAUCGUUGUAAUGCCGGCCCUGCGUAUGCUUCACUUCGGUGGCUUUGGUGUUGAGCGGAAGUCGGCGAGUGAGGAUGCGAUCCUAAGAUCGUGGCUGAGCGGCCUGGCGCGGCGGCGUUUAUCGGUUAAUAACUGGGUAGUUUGGCGGGUCCUCUGUGUAAGGAAGGAAUUGGCCACUGACAAAGCCAUUUUUGCAGAAGCAGCAGACGUAUCCGGUGGCUUCACGAUCAGGGAUAGUCAUGAAAAACAGCUGGUCGAACUUACGUAUCUGUCUAUCGUUGUAAUGCCGGCCCUGCGUAUGCUUCACUUCGGUGGCUUUGGUGUUGAGCGGAAGUCGGCGAGUGAGGAUGCGAUCCUAAGAUCGUGGCUGAGCGGCCUGGCGCGGCGGCGUUUAUCGGUUAAUAACUGGGUAGUUUGGCGGGUCCUCUGUGUAAGGAAGGAAUUGGCCACUGACAAAGCCAUUUUUGCAGAAGCAGCAGACGUAUCCGGUGGCUUCACGAUCAGGGAUGUGGGAAUAAUAUUGUACUUUAAACGUCUAACGUUGAAAACGCUAUGA